AUGGCGGGACUCGAGGUCUUGAGCGGCGGAAAGCCAUUCUACUACUGCCCCAAGGGCCAAAUGAUCCUGGGAGAAGCGCCCAUCUAUCGCGCCAGCGAUUCCACACUGCACUGGGUGGACUGUCUCGCAGAGCCUGCAGAACUAUAUAUCCUCAAAGUCGAUCCUGAGACGGGAGACGCAAUCGGGGAAGCGCGCGUUUUACAUCUCGAAGACAGCGUCACCGUGCAAUUUUUCCGCAAGAACAAGCCCGGCAGUUACAUUGCCGCGUAUUACCAGGGAGUAUGCUUCCUGGACGAAGAGACAGGGAAGAUGGAGAUUGUUAAGGAGAUUAUUCCGACGGAGAAGAGGGACGAACUGAGGUUUAAUGACGGCGGCGUUGAUGCUAAAGGCCGCUUUUGGCUCGCGGAAAUUGAUAAGAAGGCUAUGGCUUACGGGCCCAACCAACUCCCGGCUUCGUACGGGACGCCCAAGGGGAAGUUGUGGAGGUAUGACCCCGAUGGAAGUCUGCAUGAGAUGCUAGACGGGGGCGUUGUUUGUGGGAAUGGGCUGGGUUGGAGUCCGGAUAACAAGACUUUCUACUUCCAUGACUCGGUGGCCAUGGUCGUGUAUGCAUUUGAUUUUGACCUGGAGAGUGGCAAUAUUUCAAACAAGCGGCUUUUGAUUGAUAGGCGAGACUCGUUUGGCGAGCCUGAUGGGAUGGUUGUCGAUACAGAGAGGAAAAAGUCUAAUAGCCACAGCACCGAGGGCAAUCUAUGGAUCGCCAUGUUCGACUCGAGCCGUGUCAUGGUGUUCAGCCCUGAAGGCCGGCAUUUGAAAGACAUCACUUUCACUGCGCGAAACCCUGCUUGCACGACCUGGGGCGGGAAGAACUUUGAUAUCAUCUUUCUUGCCAGCGGGAAAUGGCGGGGGACGAAGGAGAUUGCUGGAGACGAGGGUGGCCAUAUGUUUCGCUUCAAGCCGUCGGAUGCCCGUGGACAGCCCAAGCAUGAAUUCGCUGGGAAACAAGAAGCAUGCGUUCUCCUUUUAGUCGCGUAG